UCAAUUUUUCGUCAAGUAAAGGAAAUUUAUUUAAAUAAUCUUAUAGAGGAAACUUUUUGAAAAUAAUAAGAAUGGCUUCUGUCGAAGAUUUACAGAAAAAGAUCCAUGAACUCGAGCGAGAAUUAAGGGAGGAGCGGAGGAAAGGUGGAGCUAUGCGAACAAAAAUAGCACAAAUGAGCUCCGAAGUUGUAGAUUCUAAUCCAUACAGUCGAUUGAUGGCAUUAAAGCGUAUGGGCAUUGUGGAUAAUUAUGAGAAAAUCCGAGACUUUACGGUUGCAGUGGUUGGAGUAGGGGGAGUAGGCAGUGUAACAGCAGAGAUGUUGACCAGGUGUGGAAUUGGGAAGUUGUUGCUGUUUGAUUAUGAUAAAGUGGAACUUGCCAACAUGAACAGACUUUUCUUUCAACCACAUCAAGCUGGUAUGAGCAAGGUAGAAGCUGCAGAAAAAACAUUAAAGGAGAUAAAUCCUGAUGUGGAGUUUGAAGUUUACAAUUACAACAUAACAACAGUAGAUAAUUUUAAUCAUUUUAUGGACAAAAUUAGGAAAGGUGGAUUGACAAAGGAUACUCCUGUAGAUCUUGUUCUCAGUUGUGUAGAUAAUUUUGAAGCAAGAAUGACUAUAAAUACUGCUUGUAAUGAGAUUGGACAAACAUGGAUUGAGUCGGGAGUCAGUGAGAAUGCCGUUUCAGGACACAUACAGUUUAUCAUUCCAGGGGAAACCUCUUGUUUUGCUUGUGCUCCACCAUUAGUUGUAGCUACAAAUACAGACGAGAAAACUUUGAAAAGAGAAGGAGUGUGUGCAGCAAGUCUUCCCACCACAAUGGCUAUUGUUGCAGGCUUCCUUGUGCAAAAUACUCUCAAGUAUUUACUGAAGUUUGGGGAUGUGACAUACUAUCUGGGUUAUAAUGCUCUACAAGACUUUUUUCCAACAAUGGCCAUGAAACCAAACCCACAAUGUGAUGAUAACCAUUGUAAAAGACAGCAAAAACUUUACCAGGAAAGAGAAGCCUCAAAACCAAAAGAGGAAGUGAAAGAAAAAGUAGAAGAAGCCAUUGUCCAUGAUGAUGAAUGGGGGAUAGAACUUGUGUCUGAGACUACUGAUGAGGAACUGAAGCAGGCCCAGGGAGACAUGCCAAUACUAACAAAGGGGGUCACUGUAGCCUACACAAAACCAGCACCCACACAAGAUGACAAUGCUGCUCAAGUCGAGGACUCCGGUGAGAGUUUAGAGGACCUCAUGAAGAAGAUGCAGAGUAUAUGAAACACGCCUCAAUCUAUACAGAAGUGUCUCUUGCUGGACAAGGACGUCAGAUAUCUCACUGAGAUGUUGUGAGAUACCUCACCAAGUUCUUGGUGAGGUUUCUCACAGAGACCUUAUUGCCACCACCGUCUAGUCAUGCUAAUGUCCCUAGGACAAAUUGUACAGCUUUGGUUCAUUCAAUAUAAAUGUUUUUUCUCAUGUGAAAGGUUGUACUACAAACGAUCUGAUGAAAUUGUUAUGGUUUUUGGCCUUGGUGCAUGAUUUCAUCUGAUUUGUUUGAUAAAAUACAAAUGUAAUUUAUUUGUUAGUCAAAGUAAGUGUAAAUUGUAAUUAUAUGUGUUGGUGAAUGACAAUAAAUUGAUCUAAUAUUUA